AUGGAUCCAUCAUCUGAUAAUUCUAAAUUAUCAUUUAUAAGUCGUCAUUAUUUGAUUCUUAAAACUCAUUAUUUUUUAUUUUUUUCUGCAUUUGGUGUUAUAUUUCCAAUAUUAAAUUUAACUUUACGUUCUCAUGGUCUUUCAAAUACGGAAAUUUCAGUAUCAAAUACAAUUCUUAAAUUUUUUAUUUUUCUAACAAAUCCAUUAAUGGGUUUUAUUGCUGACAGGUCUCGUCGUUGUCUUCUAACGUUUAAUAGUCUAUUAGUUAUUUAUAGUAUUGCAUUUACUAUUUUAUUUUUAUUACCGCAUAUUCAAUCACAUCAUAUUCAAGCUGAUUUACAUUAUUUAAAACAAUCAGAACAUGUACUAGAUUUUUGUGCAAGUCAAGAAGUAGUAACAAAAUGUUCAUCAAGAUCUGAAUGUGGUUGUUCUUAUCAAGCAUAUUGUCAAAGACAAGACUUAUUAUUUAAUUUUACAUUUACAAUGAAUUCAUAUAAUGUGCAAAAAAGAUUGAAAGAUGCUUUAAAUUCUCAAUGUGGUAUUGAAUAUCGAGUACCAAUUUUACUAGAAAAUAAAUCAGAUUUUCCAAAUUUAUCGAUGAUGAAAUGUCAAAUAACUUGUUCAAUUCCAUUUUUUUGUCAUGGCAUACGAUAUCAAAAGCAAAUAAUUUACGUUGUUCUCUAUGCUGUUUUAUAUAUCAUCGGCUAUAGUUUACUUGCAGCUGCAAAUGCUAUGGGUGCAUCAAUUGGUUUUGCAAGUUUACCACGUGCAGAUUUAUUUGGAAAACAACGUGUUUGGGGUACGAUUGGUUUUGGUAUCAUAGCUUUUACUACAAGCCGUAUUUAUGAAUUAUUUCGUAGUGAAUAUGUUUAUGUAAUUAUGUUUAAUUUUAUUACAUUUUUGACAAUUAUUGCAACAAGUUUUGUUCCCAUACAUAAACAUGAAAAGAAAACUAACGAAAAAAAAUCAAAACUUAAUUUAUCAACACUUAUAUUAUUAUCUAAAAAUAUCGAUGUAAUGAUUUUUCUUUCAAUAACAUUUCUUUGGGGAAUGUGUUAUGGUUGUUUACAUCCGUAUAUGGCUUUAUAUGUUGAUGAAAUAGCUCCAUGUCAAUCACGUUCUAUUAUUGGUUACAUGUUUUUUAUAGCAUCAGUAUCUGAAGUUAUAGCUUUUUAUUCUUCGAAAAGAGUAAUAAAAUUUCUUGGACCUAAUCUAUCUUCAAUUAUGAUUUUUUUGGCAUUUGCUGUUCGAUUUGGUGGUUAUUAUUUUAUACCAGAACCGUAUUAUUUUAUACCAUUAGAAACAACGCAUUUUUUUUGUUUUGGUAUUCUUUAUGUAUUAAUUGCUCAAAAAGCAGAUCUCAUUGCACCGUCUGGACUUUCUAGUACGUUACAAGGAAUUGCUCAUGGCAUUAUACACGGUUUAGGUAAUAUUUAA